CGGAGCAAAACAUGCGGCGGGAUUUCACGUUCUGAGAGCUGCAGAUGAGCGGGAUCCACUGAGUAACAUGGCUCUGCUGUGGAGGAGGGGCGUGUCACUAUCGGAGCGUUCAGGGAAUGACUCUCUGGUUGGCAUGGCGCCGGGGCCCGGGGUCGUUACGGUGGCCCCUGUGGGUCACAACAGGUCGUGGGAGACGCCGGUGGUCACCCCAGAGAUGCCCAUCUUCCUCAUGACCCCCGCCGCUCAGACCGUCUCUGGGAUCUUCACCUGGACGGCUCUGCUGCUCACCUGCCAACAGAUCUACAUGCACUUGCGCUACUAUAACACUCCUAACGAGCAGCGGCACAUCGUUCGCAUCCUCUUCAUCGUGCCGAUCUACGCCUUCGACUCGUGGCUCAGCCUGCUGUUCUUCACUAACGAGGAGUAUUACGUUUACUUUGACACUGUCCGCGACUGCUAUGAAGGUCAGACACGCACAUCUGCACUGUCCAGCUGUGUUUACGGCACUUGUUGUCUGUGGGGCAGAACUUACUCCAUCGGCUUUCUGCGCUUCUGCAAACAGGCGACGCUGCAGUUCUGUGUGGUGAAGCCGCUGAUGGCCAUGAUGACCGUCAUCCUGCAGGCCUUCGGGAAAUACAGAGACGGAGACUUCAACGCGGCCAGCGGUUAUAUAUAUGUGACCAUCAUCUAUAACAUCUCGGUCAGUCUCUCGCUCUACGCUCUCUUCCUCUUCUACUUCGCCGCUCGUGAUCUGCUGGAGCCGUACGGCCCCAUGCUGAAGUUCCUCAUGGUCAAAUCCGUCAUCUUCCUCUCCUUCUGGCAGGGGAUGCUGUUGGCAAUUCUGGAGAAAUGCGGCGCGAUUCCUCGCAUAAACUCUCCUGAUGUCAGCGUGGGGGAGGGGACUGUUGCCGCCGGUUACCAGAACUUCAUCAUCUGCAUCGAGAUGUUCUCAGUGUUGGCGUUUGUCAUCUAUAACUUCUUGAGUUUGUGUUACGAGUAUCUGGGUGGUGAGAGCGCCAUCAUGGCUGAGAUCAGAGGAAAACCCAUCCAGUGA